ACGAACUUUCGACGACACGACCAACGGCAGUCACUCUUUACAACCAGAACCGAUUGACUACCUCAAGCACUAGCCAUGCCUCCCAAGAUCGAUCCCUCCGAGGUGAAGGUUAUUCACCUCCGUGCGACUGGUGGUGAAGUCGGUGCUUCAUCCGCGCUCGCCCCCAAGAUCGGUCCUCUUGGUCUGUCGCCAAAGAAGGUCGGUGAAGAUAUCGCCAAGGCCACUGGUGACUGGAAGGGUCUCCGUGUCACUGUCAAGUUGACCAUCCAAAACCGUCAAGCCGCCGUCUCCGUCGUUCCCUCGGCCUCUUCGCUCGUCAUCAAGGCGCUCAAGGAGCCUCCUCGCGACCGCAAGAAGGAGAAGAACAUCAAGCACACCAAGAGCAUUCCUCUCGAUGAGAUCAUCAGCAUUGCCCGCACCAUGAGGUUCAAGUCGAUGGCCAAGGACCUCAAGGGUACCGUCCUUGAGAUUCUCGGAACUGCUUUCAGCACUGGCUGCAAGGUCGAUGGCCGCAGCCCCAAGGACAUCUCGGACGACAUCAAGGCCGGCGAGAUUGAGAUUCCUGAGGAGUAAACGUUUGCAUCAGAAACGAUGACGAUGAAUGAACAAUGCCAUAGAGGGAGCUACAUAGCUGAAUGAGGAUCUUAUCUCCAACCUUGAGGUCACGGUUUCGGGACCCGUGGAGUUUGCACAGCUACGGCGUUUAGGAUGUUUGAUACCAUACUACAAAAGUGACCCUGGCAUAUGACGAUGAAUCAAGACAUGUCAACUCCACAUUGC